AUGUCCCCUAGGGCGUUGCUCACCAUGAGUAGCCUCAUCCGGCCCACCCGCUUUGGCCUCCUCCUCGUCGGAAUCAUGGCACUAGUCCUUACCGUCUUCUACAGAGACCUCCUUCCCCCCGUCCCCCCAAUGCUCCCAGAAGGUUCAGAGUGGUCCAAGUCGCUCGAUCACGUCCCGUACUUUGGUGCCAACCAGCAGGCCAAGAACAUUGAGCGCGCGCGGGCCAUGUGGACGUGUGACCGCUGCCUGGUCAACGAAACGCUGUGUGAGAAGUUUGGGACGCGUAACGUUGAUCUCUCGCGGGCGUUUGACGGAUCCGGUGCGCGCGUGCAGCGCGUCCUCAAGAAGGCGAUGGCGGGUGAGCCCAUCGUCACUGGCGGCAUGGGCGGGUCCAUCUCAAAGGGCCACGGCUGCAAGUGUGACCCAUGGCACAUCCAGAUGUUCCAGUGGUGGAACCAAACGUUCCCACACCCAGAGAACCGGCAUGCUGAUGGGGCGGUCGGCGCGCGCGGCAGCGACUACUUCAAGUACUGCCAUCACGAGCACCUUGACCCCGACGUGGACAUUAUUUUCAUUGAGACUUCGGUCAACGACUUGAUGAGCGACAUUAACUUUGACAACUUUGAGGCACUCCUCCGCGCGCUUCUGAGCUACCCCAAGAGUCCGGCCAUUGUCAUUCUGCAAACGGUCAAGCUAAACAGCCCGAUUCGUUAUGGUUCGGAACACCAGUUUGGCCUGGCGGGUUACUACGAUGUGCCAGUCAUCAACAUCCGCAACUGGCUCUUCCCGGCAUUCUUCCAGAACACGACGAGCGUCGAGAACUGGUUCCUCCCCAACGACUUGUUGCACCCGAAUGCCGAGGGGCAUCAGGUCAUGGCCGAGCUCAUCCAGAUGUACCUGUACCAGCAGAUGUGCUAUCUCAACAACAGUCGGCCUCAAAUUCGACCAGGCAACGCCGCCAUCGUCACUCAGGAAGACGCGUUUGACGUGUACAGCAUCCCACCACUUCGCAUGGGCCAGCGCUUCAGCCAAGACUUCCAGCCCGAGGAGGAGCUGCGCCCGGGGUGUGCGUCCGUCGACUCGAAGACGUCACCACUCCAGCCGGUCCUAUCCGAGACCAAGGACUGGGAGCUAUGGGAGCAACCAGGGACAAAGGGCGAGAAGAAGUUCUGGCGCGCCACCGAGAUCGGCGCGCAGAUCACAUUCGAGGUCAACCUCCAGGUCGGCUACGUUGACGCAUACUUCCUCAAGUCGCCAAAGAACAAGCUCGGCGCAGUCGAAUGCUGGCUCGACGAUGAGAAGGAACCAAAGAAGAUCGACAGGCUGGAGGGGUACUGGAGCCGGCCGGAAAGUAUCGGUCAGUUCCAGAAAUUUGCGUUUGGGCGCAAGGACUCGCUCCUGCCGACCGGCAAGCACAAGAUCCACUGCGAGAUUGUCGACAAGACCAGCAGUAAGGAGAAGGAGGUCAAGGACCGGACGACAUUCCAGUUUAUCGGCAUCUUCACGGUGUAG